ACAUUACCAUUACCAUCAUCCAUCACAAUGUCGAUGCAAACCAGCACCUCAAACGCCAAAGCCAGAGUUUUGGCAAAGAACGACAACGAUGUCGUAAUCGUAUCGGCCGUUCGCACCGCUCUUACCAAGGGAAGGAAAGGCGGGUUCAAAGACACUCGACCUGAAGAGUUGUUAUCUGGUGCUCUACGAGCUGCUUACACGAAAGCGAACCUCGACCCCGCUUUGAUCGAAGAUAUUGCUGUUGGUAAUGUUCUCCCUCCUGGUGGAGGUGCUACUGGUGCUCGUAUGGCAGCUCUGCACGCCGGUAUACCCUAUACAGCUUCCGUCGACACUAUCAACCGUCAAUGUUCUUCCGGCUUGGCUGCUAUCAACCAAGUGGCAAACCAGAUUCUUACCGGUCAAAUUGAUAUUGGUAUUGGUGCGGGUGUCGAAUCAAUGACUUUUGGAUGGGGCGCCGGCACUUUACCAAGUGGAUGGUCAGACGAGGUCACGACCAACCAGGAAGCCGCCGACUGUCUCGUUCCCAUGGGCUUCACUUCUGAAAAUGUCGCAAACGAUUUCAACAUCACCAGAGAAGUCCAAGAUCAAUUCGCAGCACACUCCUUCCAGAAGGCUGCUGCUGCUCAAAAAGCUGGGAAAUUCAAAGAGGAAAUCAUCCCUUUGAAGGUCAAGUUCGUUGACCCCAAGACAGAAAAAGAAUCGGAAAUCAUCGUCGAUGCAGAUGAUGGCAUUCGGGAUGGUGUUACCGCCCAGAGCCUGUCGAAGUUGAAGCCUUCAUUCACGAAGGAUGGUUUUACCCACGCUGGAAAUGCUUCCCAGGUAUCAGAUGGUGCCGCAGCUGUGGUCCUCACACGUCGCUCAGUCGCUAAGCGACUCGGUCUACCUAUCGUUGGGAAAUACGUCGCUGCAGUCGCCGUCGGUGUACCACCAAGAAUUAUGGGUGUCGGCCCCGCCUAUGCCAUCCCCAAAGUCCUCGAAAAAACUGGUCUUUCAAAAGAAGACAUUGACUUCUUCGAGAUCAACGAGGCGUUCGCUUCCCAAGCCGUGUACAGUGUACAAAAAGUGGGCAUUCCAUUCGAGAAGGUCAACGUUAACGGUGGUGCUAUUGCCAUUGGCCACCCUCUUGGUUGCACUGGUGCCCGACAGGUUGCCACUGGACUCAGCGUUGCAAAACAACGGAAUGAGAAGGUCUUCAUUACGAGCAUGUGUAUUGGAUCUGGCAUGGGUAUGGCAGCUGUGUUUGUCAACGAGCAGUGAUUUGUGUUCUAGUAACUAGCAUUUCUUUCCUCUGUAUGUAUUUCUUUGACAUCACUAUUUCUAUAAUUUCUUCGCAAACUUC